CCGGGCUGCCAUUAUAGUUACAGGUCGCUGAAUUUUGUUAGAGUUGUAAAUAUUACUUCAGUUCCAAGAGUCUGAAGUGAGUAGUUGAUCAUUGUUACUAAGGCAACACUGUUUGAGUGAUGCAUCCACCAUUGGGUUAUGUGCGUGUGAAAGUGGAGAAUGAGCUAUUCACCGUCGAGAAGCAUGUGCUGAUUGAAAGCAGUGACUACUUCAGGGCUCUCUUUGAGUCGGGCAUGCGGGAGUGCACUCAGGAGGAGAUCCAGCUGCAUGAGCUAACAGCCUGUGGCUUUAAUGUCAUGUUGAAAGUCCUGAAAGAGGAGCAGCCUAUUCUGGACAGUGACAGAAUCCUUGAUGCCAUUGAAUGCGCAGCCUUUCUACUAGUGAAGCCUCUGACACAGCAUCUGAUUCAUACAAUCAAUUCAAGUAACUGUCUCCUGAUGCUCCAGGCUGCAGCUACAUUUGGGUUAAUUGAUUUGGUUCAUGCCUCAGCCCUGUUUAUUAGGGAUGUUUACAAGAAUGUAAGGGAAGAUUUGAGCUUUUUGCCUGAAGACCAGUUGGAUUAUAUUGAAUCCCUGUCUCCAAGUACAUUUGUGGCGGUGGCUACUCACUUCCCUUCAGAACAUCACUUGGAUGACUUUUCUAGAACCAUGUGUUAUUUGGACGAAACAGACAAUCAUUGGAUACCCUUGAGUUUGUUACCAGAUAAAGCCAGCACGUCUCUCGCUGGCAUUACCGUGCUGGGCAACAAUAUCUACAUAGUUGGAGGGGUUGAUGGACUGAGCAAGCAGAUUGUAAAGCCUUGUUUUUGCUAUGAUACUGAAAAAAACAGCUGGAGUGAAUUUUCAAGCCUUCAACAUCCUCGCUACAACCUGACAUUGACUGGACAAGAUGGUUGCUUGUUUGCCCUGGGAGGAAUGUGCAAGAAUACAGUUCUUGCCACUGUCGAAAAGUACCAUGUGGCAUCUAACAUGUGGUCCUUUGCUGCACAUCUGCCUCGCCCUGGAGCAGGUAUAGCCUGUGCCCGCACGAUGGGGAGGAUCUUUGUGUGUCUUUGGUUACCAUUGGACACCACAGAUGUCUAUGAGUAUAGGACCCAUAAAGACAAAUGGCUCCUUGUAACUACACUAAAACGCCAACAAAGCUAUGGUCAUUGCAUGGUUGCACAUAAUGACAAUCUGUAUGUUAUGAGAAAUGGACCAGCAGAUGAUUUCUUGAGGUGCAUGAUUGAUUGCUUCAAUCUGACAAGGCAACAAUGGACUGCAUUGUCUGGUCAAUACGUGAACAGCAAAGGUGCACUUUUUACAGCAGCCAUCAGAGGGGAUACAGUUUUUACAGUAAACCGGAUGUUAACUCUAAUUUAUAACAUCCAGGAAGACAAAUGGAAGCCAGCAAAGGAAGGGGCAGGAUUUCCUCGAAGUGGUUCUAUGCACACAUUCUUACUAAGAUUGCCGAAGAAUCGAUUGUCUGCUCUGCAACAAAACUAAAGUCGGGAAGUGAUUUGUAAUGCUCCCUAUGUACUCUUCAUUCUAAAAACUGAUAAGGUAGGAGUGGGGAAAGAACAAUUUGCAAAUAUAUUGUUUAGAUUCAUUUAUAGGACCCAUUAAAAUGGUUUUCAGCAUUAACUUGUCCAGGAAUGAAAGUGGUUGUGCAAUUAUCUGAAUGAGGAAUCAGUCGUUUCCUUUUGCUGAAUAUUUCAAUUAAAUCAUCGUUCAUGGGGACAGAAGGUCAUUCAGUCCACAAAUCUUUGAAGUAGAAAGUUCUCAAUUUGCUCAGUUUAAAAUCUUGUCUGCUGAUUUUCUACUCCUAGGCAAUGUGAAUGCUAGAUAAUAUUGAAGAUUGUUAUUGAGAAAGCUAAGAUGUGCCUUUGGUUGUAAGAUGAAAUUAAAGAUAAUCAGAAUUAAAGUUUUAUAGUCAUGAUUGCCUUCCAUUGGCUACC